UCUUGAAGCCAAUAUGCUCUCCACAGGAACCCCUUCAGUUUCCCUGUCACAUGAUCAACCAUCUGUCUGUACUACAGCAUGGCUGAGUUAUCUACGGAGUUAUACUGGGAUCAUGGAGGCGAAAGUUUAGGAGAUAUAUCACCGUUUACGACAGAGAAUGACGAAAACACACCGUUGCAUCGAUCAAAAAGGGAUGAGGGUAUGAACCUGAAUUAUUUGCAGACCUUACAGCUAAUACAGAAUCUGGAGGAAACCAGUGAUAUCUUACGCAGCUACUUGUCAGAAAUAGAUGCAGAUCUUGAGAAGAAACAAGCCAGCAGGGAACAGUCAUCUGGUACCCCAACGUAUGGCAACAGAUGUAGAGAUUAUAUGUGUAAAAAAUGUUUAUCUGUACUCAGGACUGUCACUGGAACGAAAACUAUAAUUUUUACAGUUAUUCUCCAGGGUAUCAAUCUGUUAAUACAAACAAUAAUAGACUUUCUACCACAAAAUGAUACAAAUGCAGUGUUAGAGGCAAGUAGUGCUACCAUGAUUAUACUUCAGCUUAUAAAUCUAGUCCUCAUUAUCAUAACAUCAACUAAUUUAGCCAGACAGAUGAUUUCAGGUAUUCAGCCUGUUAGUUGGAUAUUCCUUAUACAGUCAUACAUUGCCACACUGUUGUUGUUUGCUGGAUUGUAUACUAUCACUAAACGAUUAAAGCCGUCAUCUUGGAAAUAUUUACGAGAGGAUGUAGAUGACCCAGUGUAUAUUGCUAUAAUUUAUUGUAAAUUCCUGUACUUUUCUGUGUCUACUGGUACCCUAUGUGGGAAUGUUGACAUCACACCUUAUGACUGGUACAAUUGUAUAUUUGUUUCAAUGCAGAUGUUGUUAAGUUUUAUGUAUUUUGCCUCAAUACUGGGACAUGCCUGCAUGCCUCUCCAUUCAGCAAAGAAAGAUAGAGUGUUAUCUAGGUUAGCAUCAGUUAAUAGUCACAGAGGUUCAAGAGCACCAAGCAGAAUACUUACACCUAAUCAUUCCUCAUCAAGACUGCUUGAAGCUGAUUAUGCAAAUUAUGGCUCAACAGUAGACAGAUCUGAGCAGGAUGACAAAUGAUAACAAAGACUUUGAUGCUGUUCAUAUCAUCAGAUCGCAUAAGGUGCCUUGAAAAUAUUUUGCUGAAGAUAAAUGAAUACUGUUGAUUUUAUUUUAUUUACUUCAUAAUGUUUAUUUUAUUUUUACUUGCAGUUUGGUUUACAAUUUCUUACUCACUUUUAAUGUGUUCUUUAGGUGUCAGACCACCAAUUACUCCCUCCAAUUUAGAAUGCAUGUAAAAGUAGCCCUACUCUGACAGAAAAAAAGUGCUUUAGAUGUCGUUGUUUACUUAAACUAACCAACAAAUUUUCAGAAAUGAAACUUUUGGUGAAAUAGAAAUAUAUUUAGACCAUUUUGAGCUAAAACUUACUUGUCUAUGAGUUUGCAUUAGAAAUUGAGUAUUUAUGCACUCUAUAGUAUACUAAGAUUUCCAGAAAACCAGGGGUUAUUUUUAAAGUACCUCUUUUUGAAGGUAAUUUUUUUUUUAAAAGGCUUUAAAAGUAAGUUGAAGAUUGUCAUACAGUAAAUGAUACAUGUGCAAUUCAGGAUAUACCUGGUUUCUAUGAAGUUAAACUUAAGUUAAAAUAUUCAGAAAGCUGUGAACAUUGCAAAAUUUGGUUGAACAGAUAGGGAUAUUUAAUUGGUGGUCUUACACUUAAGUAGAGAAGGCUGUUUUGACACUUUCAUGAUUUUUUUAACAGUUUUUGAGAUGUAAACCACAAUAUAGGAUGUUGAAUUUAUUGUUAUUCUAAAAGAUACAAGUAAUGAAACAAAUGAAACUUAAAAACAGUUAUAGAAUAACUAAUGGAAGAAUUCAAAUAGAGAAAAAUAUUUAUUUCAGAUAGGUGGUACCCUAAACUUGAAUGUGUAUGCUUACUUGUUUUGAAGCCGAGACAUUUUCACAUUGGUGGUUAAAUUUUCUGUAUACAAAUGGUUAAGCUUAGUCACUAAAAAUUUAGACAUAUCCAUUAUCACUGUAGCAGUGUAAACUAUUGUUUACAUACUUUAUUUAGUACCUCAAUUUGAGGCGUAUAAAAGAUAUUGACCCAUUUGUGUGUAAUAUACAGUUAAUAGAGUGUGUUCAGUGUUAUGAUAUUUGCUAUUUUUAAUUAUUUAAAUAUAUAGAUUAUUAGUAAACAAUAAAACAUAUCAUUUUUACAUUCAUUACCAAAUACAACAGAGAAGUGCCUAUAACUUGUUACUCAGUAUUUAUUGUUAUAUUUUUGACAUACAUAUAUAUUACACCUUUGCCAAAUUGUUUUUAUGACGGUGAAUUGUCUAGUCAGAAAUACUUGCUUACAAAGAUUAAUCGGUGAUGGAUCAUUCUCAUGAAAAGUUUUUCAGUAUUUUUUGUUUUCUUUGGAAACCAUUUGCUUAAUUGCUACGAAGUAUAAACCCAGUAUUUAAAUGGUAUCUAGGGAUUUUAAUACAUAUUUUAUUGCAAGAUUUAUUGUUGGUGUUUAACAACAAUUUCUGAGUAUUUGGCUAUAUCAUGACUGUCAGUUUGUUGAAGGAAGCCAGGAUACUCAGAGAAAACCCUUUACUUUGGCAGGAAGCCAGGAUACUCAGAGAAAACCCUUUACUUUGGCAGGAAGCCAGGAUACUCAGAGAAAACCCUUUACUUUGGCAGGAAGCCAGGAUACUCAGAGAAAACCCUUUACUUUGGCAGGAAGCCAGGAUACUCAGAGAAAACCCUUUACUUUGGCAGGAAGCCAGGAUGCUCUGAGAAAACCCUUUACUUUGGCAGGAAACCAGGAUACUCAGAGAAAACCUUUUACUUUGGCUGGAAGCUAGGAUGCUCUGAUAAAACUCGUUACUUUGGCAGGAAGCCAUGAUACUCAGAGAAAACCCUUUACUUUGAAGGAAGCCAGGAUACUCAGAGAAAACCCUUUACUUUGGCAGGAAAGUGAAGAUAAGAGUCCCUGUCAGUGAACAAUACAAUUGUAAAAAGAUAGCAUUUUGUUUCCCUUUAUCAGUAUAAACCUUAUAAGUAGGAAUUAUAGCAGUGCUUUUGACAACAUCUCUCUUUCCAAUGUGAAAUUUUUAUUUCAUUCAAGUAAUUCUAGUGCUCUGUUAGUCGACAAUUAAGAAUAGUGGUAUUCUUUAAGCUUUAAAGGGUUCUUGCAGACAUUUUUAGUCCAAAAGUGAGAAGACUUAUUAAUUUAUUCUCCAUGACAAAAAAGAGCAAGGGAAUCACAUCAAAUUUAUAUUUUGUUUAAUAUCUUUAGAUAUAAAGUGAUAAUACAUGUGCUCUGCUGAUACAAUAUUUUACAAUCUUGAUGCAUCUUUGGAAUUGAUCAGGCCAGACAGAUAUUCCUGAGUCCAGGACUCAUGGACUCCCUUAAUGAGAAACUUGUUUAAAAUUGUUUUAGUCAUUUUUGUUAGGUCAGUUUGACUUUUUCUUUAUUAUCAUUUCAUUAGUGUAUUUUUCACUUACAAGAUUGGAGAAGAUAUUAACAUAUAUAUCGUUAAAUUUUUAAGGUAUUAUUUUUGCUAUGUUGGUGAAGGUCAUUUUACUGUACAAUUAACUGUACUGGAAUACAUCACUGUUCAUUUAAAGUUAUGGCCUUUGAACAGGGAACAAUAAAUGACACAAAGAUUUUAAGAACAAAUGGUUUACAUGACAUGAAACAAAAAUAUCUUGAUUAUAACGGUAUAAUGGCUGUACUUAUCUUUUAAAUUUAUAGUAUGUUUAAUUGUUGUCAAUCAUUUUUUUUAUAGUAUUUUGUCUGAUUUUAACUCUUUGUUUUUAUUUUUUAUUUUCUGGUUUACACUCUGUGUGAGACUAGAUAUUUACUUAUGAU